AUGUUUGUGUUGGUGAUAGGAACUUGUGAAUGUAGAAAAUUUAAGAAAGAAGAAUUUGUUGAGAAUUUUGGUGGAGGAGGAGGUUUAGGGGGUGGUGGUGGAGGUGGAGGUGGUUUAGGUGGUGGUGGUGCAGGGAAAGGUUUUGGUGGUGGUUUUGGUGGCGGGAGUGGUGGAAGUGGUGGUGGAUUUGGAGGCGGUGGUGGAGGUGGUAGUGGUGGUGGUUUAGGAGGAGGAAGUGGAAGUGGUUAUGGUGGAGGUUUUGGAGGUGGUGAUGGUGGUGGUGGUGGAGGCUUUGGAGGUGGAUCUGGUGGAGGUAAUGGAGAUGGAGUAGGUGGGGGAAGUGGUGGAGGCUUUGGAGGUGGUGCUGGAAGUGAUGGUGGUGGUGGUGGUGGAGGUUUUGGAGGUGGUGGCGGAAGUGGUGGUGGAGCUGGUGGAGGCUUUGGAGGUGGUGCCGGAAGUGGUGGUGAUGGUGCUGGUGGAGGCUUAGGUGGCGGUGCAGGCGGUGGUUUUUGA